GUUGGUGAAGAACUCUCGGUCGACAAAAUUAUUUAUUUUUUUAAUUGGAAGCAUAAGAAAAAAAAACUACACAAAAUACACAACAACAUAUAUUUUAUUUUAAAAUUAAGAAAUUUUUAUUUGGAAAAAUGCCAGUGUUUCACACAAAAACAAUUGAAAGCAUUUUAGAUCCUGUAGCUCAACAGGUAUCUCGCUUAGUUAUUCUCCACGAAGAAGCCGAAGAUGGCAACGCCAUGCCCGAUCUCAGCCGUCCGGUACAAGUUGUCUCCGCUGCUGUUACCAAUCUUGUUAAGGUUGGACGGGAAACCAUUAACAGCUCGGAUGAUAAGAUACUCCGCCAAGAUAUGCCAUCAGCAUUGCAACGCGUUGAGACUGCCUCGCAGUUGCUUGAAGAAGCUUCAGAUAUGUUGCGUGCCGAUCCAUAUUCGGGAACUGCUCGCAAAAAGCUAAUUGAAGGAAGCCGCGGUAUACUGCAAGGCACCUCUUCGCUUUUGCUCUGCUUUGACGAAUCGGAAGUUCGUAAAAUCAUACAAGAAUGUAAAAGAGUAUUGGACUAUCUGGCGGUGGCGGAAGUUAUCAAUACCAUGGAAGAUUUAGUACAAUUCCUAAAAGAUUUGUCUCCCUGUUUGAGUAAGGUUUCUCGCGAAGUAGGAGCACGUGAAAAGGAAUUAACGCAUCAGGUGCAUAGCGAAAUUUUGGUACGCUGUUUGGAACAGGUUAAGAUAUUGGCACCCAUUCUUAUCUGCAGUAUGAAGGUGUACAUUCAUAUUGUGGAGCAACAGGGUAAGGGUGUAGAAGAGGCUGCCGAGAAUCGUAACUACUUGGCUUCACGCAUGAGUGAUGAAAUUCAAGAAAUUAUCCGUGUUCUCCAGCUGACCACUUACGAUGAAGAUACUAGUGAAUUGGAUAAUUUGACGGUAUUGAAAAAGCUUAAUAAUGCUAUUAAUACCAAAGCCGAACUGGCCAAUGAUUGGCUUAACAAUCCCUAUGCUUUGCGUGGUGGUGUGGGUGAGAAAGCUUUGCGCCAAAUUAUCGAAAAUGCCAAUGAGAUAUCAGAGCGUUGCUUGCCUCAAGAUUCUUAUCCCAUACGCCGUUUGGCCGAUGAAAUUACUGCCAUGGCUAAUAGUUUAUGUGAAUUGCGUCAGGAGGGCAAGGGCACAUCACCCCAAGCUGAAUCCUUGGCACGCAGUAUACGCGAGAAAUUGGGUGAUUUGCAGUCGCAAAUACAACACGCCGUUGUGGGUGUUGACAAGGCUGGAGUACAACAAACCGCCCACACCAUUCAGGGUCGUUUGGAGCAGGCCGUUAAAUGGUUGCAAAAUCCUGAAGUAAAUGAUGGUGGUUUAGGUGAACGUGCAGUUAAUUUAAUUGUCGAAGAGGGACGUAAGGUAGCUGAAGGUUGUCCUGGUCAUCAAAAGGCCGAAAUUAUGCAAUUGUGCGACGAAGUAGAGCGUUUAAAGCGCCAGGCUGCAGGAAACACUCCAGUAGCCAAAGAAGCUGCCAAGAAGUUGACUCAAAAACUGCAUGAACUCAAAGCUGCUGUACAAAAUGCUUUGGUUAAUCGCAUUGUACAAGAUUUUAUGGAUGUUAGUACGCCCUUGAAACAAUUCACUGACGCCGUAAUGUUGCCCGAAGGUACGCCUGGACGAGAACAGAACUUCAACCAGAAAUCCAAUAAUUUACAAGCAUUUAGUGAUCGUGCCUCAAAAACUUCACGUAUGGUAGCUGCUGGUGGUGCUUGUGGUAAUAAGAAAAUUGCCGAAAUCUUGCUCUCCUCAGCGACACAGGUGGACUCGAUGACACCACAACUAAUCAAUGCGGGACGCAUACGCAUGAACUAUCCAACCAGCAAAGCUGCCGAUGAGCAUUUGCAAAAUUUAAAACAACAAUAUGCCGAUACAGUUUUACGCAUGCGUACUUUGUGCGAUCAAGCCACCGAUCCUGCCGAUUUUAUUAAAACUUCCGAAGAACACAUGCAAAUGUAUGCCAAACUCUGUGAAGAUGCCAUUCAUGCCAAACAACCCCAAAAAAUGGUCGACAAUACUUCCAAUAUUGCGCGUUUAAUCAAUCGUGUACUGUUGGUGGCCAAACAGGAAGCUGAUAACUCGGAAGAUCCAAUAUUUACGGCCAAACUUAAUGCUGCCACUAAUCGUUUGGAAAGCUCAUUACCCGCCAUGGUGGGAGAUGCUAAGCGGGUUGCCACCAAUAUCAAUGAUCCAGCGGCAGCUCAAGCCUGGAAAAAUUCAUUCCAAAGACUUUUGGGAGAUGUACGUGAUGUAAGAACUGCUAUGGCUCCACCAGCACCACCAUUACCCGAUAUGCCACCACCACCAAUUCCAGAAUUCAGUGUCAUGCACUUGUCCAACCAAAAUGUUGAACGUGCUCCCCCAAGGCCACCUCUACCCCGCGAUGGUUUGGCACCCCAGAGACCACCUCCACCAGAAACUGAUGACGAAGAUGAAGGCGUAUUCCGUACUAUGCCUCAUGCUAAUCAACCUAUUUUGAUUGCUGCCCGUGGCCUACAUCAAGAAGUGCGUCAAUGGUCGUCCAAAGAUAACGAAAUCAUUGCUGCCGCUAAACGUAUGGCUAUUUUGAUGGCUCGUCUCUCCGAUUUAGUGCAAUCCGAUUCUCGUGGUAGUAAGCGUGAAUUGAUUGCCACCGCAAAGAAAAUUGCCGAAGCCUCCGAAGAUGUUACACGUCUGGCAAAGGAAUUAGCUCGCCAAUGUACCGAUCGUCGCAUUCGUACCAAUCUGUUGCAAGUUUGCGAACGUAUACCAACUAUUGGUACACAAUUGAAAAUUCUAUCCACCGUUAAAGCCACCAUGUUGGGUGCUCAAGGUUCCGAUGAAGAUCGUGAAGCUACCGAAAUGUUGGUAGGAAAUGCCCAAAAUCUCAUGCAAAGUGUUAAAGAAACUGUGCGUGCUGCUGAAGGUGCUAGCAUUAAGAUCCGUUCAGAUCACACCAAUCGUUUGCAAUGGGUUCGUCGUCAACCUUGGUAUCAAUACUAAGAGAUUUAACAACAA